ACUGCGCGUUGCCGUGUGGUGGGGGUGGAUUAGUUGUUAUAGAUAUCAUUACAGGAGUUGAUAGCAUCGGAAAUGUCAUCUAUUUUAGCUCUACGUGGAUAUGGGUCGGAUAGCAAUGAAUCUGGUGCAGAUGAAAUUGAGGACGAAGAAGCUUUGACAGCCCAUUUGAGACCGAUUCAGUCUACGGAGAGUUCGCUUGGAUUGAAAACAUCGAUGCAAGUGUGCUUGGCGCCGACAGUCGCGCCCAAGGUGAAUGACAAGUCACUGGCCUGGACUGACCGGCGCCACCUGGACCCGACCACCAAGGAGCUUGCAUACAACCCGCGCUUUGACGAGCUGUUCGCGCCCGUGCUGGGCCCCGCCCACCCGGCGCAGACGCAGCAGCAGCGCGCCGAGCGCAACACUCUGGCCGGCUAUGUCGAGCCGGCCCACUUCAGCGCCUUCCAGUUCGAGAACCAGCGUCGCACCUUCACCAGCUAUGGUUACGCGGUGGACCCGAGUACGGAGGCGACGACGGAGGAGGGCGCCGCGCGCAUGGUGGGCGCCGCCACCGCCUCCACCAGCGCCGACAGCGCGCCGACCGUGUUCGAAAAGACGUCGGAGAAGAGACCACUCGACAAGCGGAAGCGGCUGAAGAACGCGGACGCCAGCGACACGGACGGCUACCUCGGCCCCUGGGGCGGCUUCGUCGACGAGCAGAAAGUGAUGAAGCCAACUGAGGAGGAGCAGGCCGAGCUGGACAUCAUCGUGGCCAAGCGACAGAAGCGCGGAAAGCAGACGGACGACAAGCCCAUGGAGGAGCGCACCAUCCUCCACAUCAAGGACGCGUACGACUACCAGGGCCGCUCGUACCUGCACGCGCCGCAGGACGUGGGCGUCAACCUGCGCUCCGAGGACCCGCCCGACAAGUGUUUCAUCCCCAAGAAGCUGCUGCACACGUGGCAGGGCCACAGCAAGGGCGUGCACGCCACGCGCUUCUUCCCCAAGUCGGGCCACCUCAUCCUCUCCUGUGGCAUGGACUGCAAGAUCAAGCUGUGGGAGGUGUACAACCAGCGGCGGAUGCUGCGCACCUACCUGGGCCACCGGCAGGCCGUCAGGGACGUCUGCUUCAGCAACGACGGCACCCAGUUCCUGUCGGCCGGGUACGACCGCUACAUCAAGCUGUGGGACACGGAGCGGGGCGAGUGCGUGUCCCGCUUCACCAACAAGAAGGUGCCCUACUGCGUGAAGUUCCAUCCGGACGAGGACAAGCAGCAUCUGUUUGUGGCCGGUCUCUCCGACAAGAAGAUUCUUUGCUGGGACACGCGUUCUGGCGAGAUAACGCAGGAGUACGACCGCCACUUGGGCGCCGUCAACACCAUCACCUUCAUCGACGAGAACCGGCGCUUCGUCUCCACCUCGGACGACAAGAGCCUCCGCAUCUGGGAGUGGGACAUCCCGGUGGACAUGAAGUACAUCGCCGACCCGUCGAUGCACAGCAUGCCGGCCGUGGCGCUCUCGCCCAACGGCAAGUGGCUGGCCUGCCAGUCCAUGGACAACAAGAUCUGCAUCUUCUCGGCCAUCAACCGCUACAAGCUGCACCGCAAGAAGUCGUUCACAGGUCACAUGGUGGCCGGAUAUGCGUGCGGUCUCGACUUCUCGCCAGAGAUGAGCUAUCUGGUGUCGGGCGACGCCGACGGCAAGUGCUAUGUCUGGGAUUGGAAGACGACGAAGCUGUACAGCAAGUGGAAGGCGCACGACGGCGUCUGCAUCCAGGCCAUGUGGCACCCGCACGAGACGAGCAAGGUGGUGACGGCCGGCUGGGACGGCGAGAUCAAGCUCUGGGACUGAGCGGCUCGCUGGGGAGUGAGGAUGCCACCCCGGCGAGGUGGCGUCGCGCGAUGGCUCGCGGCUCGGGCGCCACGCGUGCGUCGAUUAUCGCGUGUAUUAUGCUACUGUCAUUGUCAUCGGAUGAUCGCAACCAUGUCACGAAUACAAAAGUCGGUCGCAA